UUCAGUGCGGUAUUAGUGUUAAAAUACAAACAUGGCCGAGGAAAGCAAUGUUGUUGUCCCAAGGACGGCGACUGAAUUGCAGAAGAUUAAACUUGAGAAACUGAUGAAACACCCUGAAAAAGAAAUAAUUAUUCCAGAUUCUUCAAAGGAAUGGGUACCAAAAUUACCUCCAGAAUUUAUAAGAAACGUUUGGGGUUCAAGUGCAGGUGCAGGCAGUGGUGAUUUCCAUGUAUAUCGUGGGGUACGUCGACGUGAGUAUGCUCGUCAGAAGUUCAUAGGUGAAAAAGCUGAAAAAGAUAGCCUGGAUGACAUUUAUCACAAGAAGGUCCUGGAGAAUCAGAAAGCUGCUGAAGAACGUACUAGUAAGAAAAGAGCUAAAAGACAAAAGAAGAAAAUGAAGAGGCUGGCUAAAAAGAAAAAGAUGCAGGAAAAUAAAUCCAAACAAGUUGGUUCUAAUAAGGAUAUUUCUGAAAAUAAAGAUACUUCUGAUGAAAAUGACAGCGAUCCUGACAGUAGCUCUGAAGAAGAUUAGCACAAUUAAGAAUUCUCUAAUUAGCCUGGAAAUUAUAUUUUUUGUCUGGGAAGGAUCACAGGAUAGUUUAAUGGACUUCUUGCAUUUCUGUGAUUGUUAUGCUAGAAACUAUGGCUUUAAGUCCAACAUAAAAUUUAUGUCUAGUUUUUCAAAAACUAGCGUUGAAUUUUUGGACACAAAAGUCAAGUUUUCUGGAGGCAGAAUAGUGACAGUUAUUUUGCAAGCCAACGUCAUCCCACAUUUAUCUCCACCGCCGCUCCGAUCAUCCACAUCAUCUUAUUCGGUCAAAUCCGAAAUCCCAAUUUUUGAGGAUAAAACGGAUUUGUACUGACAUAGGGGAUUACUGGAAACAUACAAAUGCUUUUGUAUGUCAUUAUGUCAAAUGAGGUUACAGUGAAUCAUGUUUAAAGGAAACAGAAAAUGAAAUAGCUAAGAUUGGCAAAGAUAGUCAAACCUAUACGCAUAAUUUUAGCAAACAAAAUACACUAGAUGACAGAAUUCCUUUAGUGAUUAGCUGGCACCGAUGUUUUGCUGGCAUUUCAAAAGUAUUGCCUGAAAGUUACCAACAUGUGGUGAAAAAAUAUCCCAGUUUCAAACAGAUAUUUCCUCAACCGCCCAUUGUAGCCUUUUGACGGAAUAAGAACAUAAAAGAAUUAUUGACCCCUGUUUCUGUCUCCAAGAAAACGAACAUUUGGAGUAUCUGCAUGCUGUACCUUAAAGAACAGCCGCAAGAGAGGUAAGCCCUGUUCAUUGUGCAACAACAUGAGUGAAGUGAAUUCCAUCAGAAAUCAUAACAGAAAUGUUAUGAUUUAUACAGAAGGGGGAACAUGUAAAGAUUCCCAUUUAGUGUAUGCUGCAGAAUGCACGAAAUACAACUUAAUUUAUGUUAGUUGUACAACAGAAAAAUUAAACAAAAGAUCUAAUGGGCACACAUUCGAUGUUAGGCACAAGAACAGUAGUUCAACAGAACUUGCUAAACAGUUCGUUUCAAGCGGCUGCAAUUUUGAAGAAGACUUGAAAGUGCAUAUUCUCAAAAAAUAUUCUGAAUCUACCCCACUUUCACUUCUCAGAAUGUAUGAGGAGAAAUAUGUUUGCAGGUUAUUAACAUCAUGCCCUGGAGGAAUGAAUAAGAUGACAGGAGAAUAUCAUCAAAUUUUUAUAAAACUGUUUGAUUGAAUAUUCUUCUUUCUUUCUUUUUCUUUCCUUUUUUCUGUCGUCUUCCUUUUUCUAUUUUUUUCUUUCUUUCUGCCUGUUAUAAAACUUAAAAACUGAUGAUGUCAUUCCAUCAACGUGUGGACGCUGGUUGCUCUCGUUCAUACUUUACGUUUAUAUUUCUGAAAUUUUUAAUUUUUAAUCACCUCUUGUUUUGAACUUGGCAAAGACAGACAUACUGUUGAAAUAUUGUUCAACGAAUAAAAUAUCUAUACAAUUGAA